UUCUGAUCGUCGCCCGCCCCUCAGAUCCCCGCUCUCCAGUCCUCGGCAUCCCGGCUAUGUUUUCUCCCAGACCUGGCUAUUUUUUUGAUAUCGUGAAACUACGAGGGAAAUAACUGUGGGGCUUUCCGCAGGUCUUCCGGCCGCUUCCCACGGACAUGCCUUCAACUGGGGGGGCCGAGGCACCCCGUCCUAGGCGAAGGAACCUGCCUGGCCGCGAGGGCGAGAAGUGAAGGGAAUUUGGGUAGCGGCAUGAAAGCUCUGCAGCCAGGUCUCCGCAUCUGCCAUUUGUCCUUUCAAACUGCACUGUAAUCGGGCCCGAGCGGACGAGCCCGCCGGCCUCCCUUCUCCGCCCGGUGUUUACUUUCCGGCGUUCGGUUCUCGGCUUCGCUGCUGCUGCUCGGCUCGGCGCGGGGAUGACUCCGUCGCGCCCGCGGCCCCGGGGGGUGCCCCCGCUCGUGUGCGCCGUCCUGCUGCUCGGCGUUGCGGCCGCUUCUCAGAAUCAAGAACGACUGUGUGCAUUUAAAGACCCAUAUCAGCAAGACCUUGGCAUUGGUGAGAGUCGAAUCUCCCAUGAAAAUGGAACAGUAUUAUGCUCAAAAGGUAGCACGUGCUAUGGCCUUUGGGAGAAAUCAAAAGGGGACAUAAAUCUUGUAAAACAAGGAUGUUGGUCUCACAUUGGAGAUCCCCAGGAGUGUCACUAUGAAGAAUGUGUAGUGACUACCACUCCUCCCUCAAUUCAGAAUGGGACAUACCGUUUCUGUUGCUGUAGCACAGACUUGUGUAAUGUCAACUUUACUGAGAAUUUUCCACCUCCAGAUACAACACCACUCAGUCCACCUCAUUCAUUUAGUCGAGAUGAGACAAUAAUUAUUGCUUUAGCAUCCGUCUCUGUAUUAGCUGUUUUGCUAGUUGCCUUAUGCUUUGGAUACCGAAUGCUGACAGGAGACCGGAAACAGGGUCUUCACAGUAUGAACAUGAUGGAGGCAGCAACAUCAGAACCCUCUCUUGACUUAGAUAAUCUGAAACUAUUGGAAUUGAUUGGCCGAGGUCGAUAUGGAGCAGUAUAUAAAGGUUCUUUGGAUGAGCGUCCAGUCGCUGUAAAAGUAUUUUCCUUUGCAAACCGUCAGAAUUUUAUCAACGAGAAGAACAUUUACAGAGUGCCUUUGAUGGAACAUGACAACAUUGCCCGCUUUAUAGUUGGAGACGAGAGAGUCACUGCAGAUGGACGCAUGGAAUAUCUGCUUGUGAUGGAAUAUUAUCCAAAUGGAUCUCUGUGCAAGUAUUUGAGUCUCCAGACAAGUGAUUGGGUAAGCUCUUGCCGUCUGGCUCAUUCUGUGACUAGAGGACUUGCUUACCUUCAUACAGAAUUACCACGAGGAGACCAUUAUAAACCUGCCAUUUCCCAUCGAGAUUUAAACAGCAGAAAUGUUCUUGUGAAAAAUGAUGGGACCUGUGUGAUUAGUGACUUUGGGUUGUCCAUGAGACUGACUGGAAAUAGAUUGGUGCGCCCAGGGGAAGAAGACAAUGCAGCCAUAAGUGAGGUUGGCACAAUCAGAUAUAUGGCACCAGAAGUUCUAGAGGGAGCUGUGAACCUAAGGGACUGUGAAUCAGCUUUGAAACAAGUAGACAUGUAUGCACUUGGGCUUAUCUACUGGGAGAUAUUUAUGAGAUGUACAGAUCUCUUUCCAGGUGAAUCUGUACCAGAAUACCAGAUGGCAUUUCAGACAGAAGUUGGAAACCAUCCCACUUUUGAAGAUAUGCAGGUUCUGGUGUCUAGGGAAAAACAGAGACCCAAAUUCCCAGAAGCAUGGAAAGAAAAUAGCCUGGCAGUGAGGUCACUCAAGGAGACAAUCGAAGACUGUUGGGAUCAGGAUGCAGAGGCUCGGCUUACUGCACAGUGUGCUGAAGAAAGGAUGGCUGAACUGAUGAUGAUAUGGGAAAGAAACAAGUCUGUGAGCCCAACAGUCAAUCCAAUGUCCACUGCUAUGCAGAAUGAACGCAAUCUGUCACACAAUAGGCGUGUGCCAAAGAUUGGACCUUAUCCAGAUUAUUCUUCUUCCUCAUACAUUGAAGACUCUAUCCAUCACACUGACAGCAUUGUGAAGAAUAUUUCCUCUGAGCAUUCUAUGUCCAGCACACCUUUGACUUUAGGGGAAAAGAACCGAAAUUCCAUUAAUUAUGAACGGCAGCAAGCACAAGCUCGAAUUCCUAGCCCUGAAACAAGUGUCACCAGCCUGUCCACUAACACAACAACCACAAACACCACUGGUCUCACUCCAAGCACUGGCAUGACCACUAUAUCUGAGAUGCCAUAUCCAGAUGAAACAAAUCUCCAUGCUACAAAUAUUUCACAGCCAAUGGGGCCAACCCCUGUCUGCUUACAAUUGACAGAAGAAGAUUUGGAGACUAACAAGCUGGACCCAAAAGAAGUUGAUAAGAACCUCAAGGAAAGCUCUGAUGAGAAUCUUAUGGAGCAUUCUCUUAAGCAGUUCAGUGGGCCAGACCCCCUAAGCAGUACCAGUUCUAGCUUACUUUAUCCACUCAUAAAGCUUGCUGUAGAAGCAACUGGACAGCAGGAUUUCACACAUGCUGCAAAUUGUCAAGCAUGUUUAAUUCCUGAUGUACCACCUGCUCAGAUCUAUCCUCUUCCCAAACAGCAAAACCUUCCUAAGAGACCUACUAGUUUGCCUUUGAACACCAAAAAUUCAACGAAAGAGCCCAGGUUGAAAUUUGGCAGCAAGCACAAAUCAAACUUGAAACAAGUAGAAACUGGAGUUGCCAAGAUGAAUACAAUCAAUGCUGCUGAACCUCAUGUGGUGACAGUCACCAUGAAUGGUGUGGCAGGUAGAAACCACAAUGUUAACUCCAUUGCUGCCACUACCCAGUAUGCCAAUGGGGCAGUACCAACUGGCCAGACAGCCAACACAGUGGCACAUAGGUCUCAAGAAAUGCUGCAGAAUCAAUUCAUUGGUGAGGAUACCCGACUCAAUAUUAAUUCCAGCCCUGAUGAACAUGAACCUUUACUGAGACGAGAACAGCAGGCUGGCCAUGAUGAAGCUGUUCUGGAUCGUCUUGUGGACAGGAGGGAACGGCCACUGGAAGGUGGCCGAACUAAUUCCAAUAACAACAACAGUAAUCCAUGCUCAGAGCAAGAUGUUCUAACACAGGGUAUUCCAAGCACAGUACCAGAUCCUGUACCAUCAAAACCCAGAAGAGCACAGAGGCCUAAUUCUCUGGAUCUUUCAGCCACAAAUAUCCUAGAUGGCAGCAGUAUGCAGUUUGGUGAGUCCAUACAAGAUGGCAAGUCAGGAUCUGGUGAAAAGAUAAAAAAACGUGUGAAAACUCCUUAUUCUCUUAAGCGAUGGCGUCCUUCCACCUGGGUCAUCUCCACUGAGCCACUGGACUGCGAGGUCAACAACAAUGGCAGUGACAGGGCAGUUCAUUCUAAAUCCAGCACCGCUGUUUACCUUGCAGAAGGAGGCACUGCCACAACUAUGGUGUCUAAAGAUAUAGGAAUGAACUGUCUGUGAAAUGUUUCCACGCCUUUGAAGUGAAAUUAUUUUUUGCAUCAUUUAAAUGUGCAGAAGACAUUUUUAAAACUGCUUCUCCUCCUGUCAGUACCCUUCCAAUCCCUGCAACAAGGACUUGCUUUAAAUAGAUUUCAGCUAUGCAGAAAAAUUUAGCUUAUGCUUCCAUAUUUUUUAAGUUUUUUAUGUUUUUGCACUUUUGUUUAGUCUUGCUAAAGUUGUAUUUGUCUGUUAUGACCACAGAAUUAUAUGUGUGUGUAUCAAAAGUGGUCUCAAAAUAUUUUUUUAAGAUAAAAAGCAAAAAACAUUGUAUGCUGAUAAUCAGUUUGGACCAGUUUCUAAAGGUCAUUAAAACAGAAGCAAAUUAAGACAGGUUUGACUGCAAUGGUGUCUGGUAUCCAUGUUUUAUUUCUGGGCACAAGCUAGUUUAUACGUUCCUGAACAUACUCUCUGUUGGACAUUCUUUCUUCUUGUGUUUUGUUUGAAUGUGCAAUAGUCUAUAGGCCAGAAAUAAACUUUCUUGUAAGCUCUCUUUCUAAUAGAGUACACAUUCUUCCAUAAUAUAAAUAUUUUUCUCCCCUCUCUGCCAUAUGUUUUGGGAGAUCUGUUUAGUGACAGUGAAUUUUGCACAGGAGAAAGCAGCUACCUGAUUUCUUAUUUUCUCCUUAUGGGGUAUGCAGAAACACUGUCUCAAAGGGCUCUAAAAGAAGGAACAAAACCUAAUUUGAAAUACCAUUUAUUUUUACCUUCCAAAUACUAAACAUUUCCUUCCAGGCAUUUUUUUUUUAAUGCCAGUGGUCAUAUCCAGGGCCUCAUACAUGCAAGGCAUGCGCUCUACCACUGAGAUACAUCCCAGUCCCUCCUUCUAACAUUUUAAGAAUUACAUUUAGUUCUGGUUUUAGAGUUCAUAAGAGAGCAUAGAACAAAUCAGAGAAAAUUGAAUAAUAGCCUUUUUAAAUUUUUAUUUUAUUUUUGUAUGUGUGAUCAUGUUCAUACUCAUUUAUUUAAGAAGCACAUUUUUUAUCAAAAAACUUAUAGUAGUAUACUUAUAUGGAAUUUUUAAGUGUUAUAGCCUUCAUUUUCUGAGUGGGCCAUCUUUGGUUUUUUGUUUGUUUCGUUUUGGGGCCACACCUGGCAGGGCUCAGAGGUUACUCCUAGCUCUGUGCUCAGGAAUCACUCCUGGCAGGGAUUGGGAGACCUUAUGGGAUGCCGGGGAUUAAACCCAUGUCACCCAUGUGCAAGGCAAAUGCCCUACCCACUUUACUAUUUCUCUGGCCACACAUUGCCUAUUUAGAAAAAAUAAUAAACUUCAAAAGUAAUUCAUAGUUUUGAACCUAUCUUUUUAUUCUUUUUCCAAGCAAAGCCUGGUAACUUAUCUGAAAAUGAUUCUUCUUCCCAUGACCUAAAACACUGUGUAGAAAAAUCAUUCAACCGGCAUGAAGAAAUCCCCAUUGAAGAAAGGAUUGCUGCCAGCCCUUUUUCUUUUAGUAGACUGAGACUUACCUCUGUUUUCAAAACUGUAUUUCUUCACUAAUCCUAUUUUCUUAAUGUCUCCUCUUGCCAGUUGUUCACAUAUUCUUUAAUAUGUGAGCAACCUUUAUUAUUUACAUUAGAUCUUACCUUUCAGUGAUAACAUAUAUCCCUGAAAUUGUGCUUUUUAAAGCUUCUUUGCUUCUUUCAUUAAUAACUGUUUUAAAACUACAGCCUCUGCAUUGUUUUUUAAAAUAAAGCACUUUCUUUAAAAUAAGGGACCUUUUUAGAAGUCACACAUUUUCCUUCAAUCUGCAAAUAACAAUGAUAGCACUAAGAGGAAUAUGCGAAAACCCAAAUUUCUGAUCUAGGUUUUUAUCUCAAAUAAUAUUUUCUCAGUCAUAUUAUUCUAUUUUCAUAGUUUAACUAAAAGUAGCUUCAUCUUCCAAGUAAUUUGCUGUCCAAUAUGCUUGUGACUGACUUGUGUAUAAGCCUUCUUUUGUUUGACAUCUUCUAUGAAUUUCUGAUUUAGGUGUUAACCACACUUUACUCAGCUAAAUUACUAAACAGUUUUAAAUAUUUAGAAGGUUGUUUGACCAGUGUCUAGGAUUUACUACCUUUUCUGUUUUAUUGACCCUUCUCUUGAUUUAUAGCCUCACCAAUAUUCUUCUAUCAUAAAAUCUUUUCAUUGUUUUUCUUUUCUGUAGCAAGUUACUUAUGUCAUUCCCAGCAAAUUUUAUUUAGUUCUCUUGCUUUUGUCUUCCACUAUAUUUCAGUAUAUUUUUUUAAACAUUUGUAAGACAUUGGUAGUCAAAUAAAUUAUAUUCCUUCUCCAAUUUGAAGCACUGAGAAUAAAUGAAGAUUUGAGAUAAAAUUCAUUUUUUCUUAACAGAAAGAGGAAUUACAUUAAAUCCUAUUAUACUUUGUUUUCAGGCCAGUUAAUUAUUUUUCCAACUUUUUAAAAUGUUUAAUCAAAAAAUGCAAAACUUACAUGCUAAAUUUUUUAAAUGUCCAUUUCGUGAAGCAUGCUUAAAACAAAUAAUUAUCCAUUUUUUUAGUGUACUCUAGAAAAAGUAGAAGUAGAAAAUGUAGAUAAUUUUAAUAGAUUUUAAAUUGUAUAUCAGGUUUACUUUACCAUCUGUAACAUACAAGCAAGCAAAAUUACUGUGACUUAAAUUAUUUGCUAACUUUAUUCAUCUAAUGAUAAAUGUUUCAUUUUUUGAUAAAUGUGUCUUAAAGCUAAUAUUUAUUACCAAAUUAUGGAUGUAGAAAAACAUUUGCAUUCUUUUAAAUUAAAAACCAUUGAAUAAAAAAAUAUAAUUCUUUUUCUCUAAAGUAUUAAAACCUCUUAAGCAUCGUAAUAGAUUAUCAAAGUCUAAUGUUAAUUCUCUUCAUUAUUUUAAUUAUUAACAGUAUUAAAUCAUUGAAAGAACUUGAUUAAAAUUUUGUUUAGUCAAAAAUUAAUUAGAAUUUGGGGCUGGAGCAAUAGCACAGCGGGUAGGGCGUUUGCCUUGCAUGCGGCCAACCCGGGUUCGAUUCCCAGCAUCCCAUAUGGUCCCCUGAGCACCGCCAGGAGUAAUUCCUGAGUGCAGAGCCAGGAGUAACCCCUGUGCAUCGCCAGGUGUGACCCAAAAAGCAAAAAAAAAAAAAAAUUAAUUAGAAUUCCUAAAAUUUUAUAUUUCUUUUAAAAUAUAUAAUUGGGGGUAGCUUAUCACCAGAGUAAAAUGUUUUGGGAAAGCACAGGAAUGAAAUAAUACUAAUUGACUAUCUAUUAUAUAUUUAAUACUGGGCUGCCCACAACCUACCUUUUUAAUCCACUUUCCAAUCAUAUAAAGAUUAUAAUUAAUAUUUCCACUUUACAGAUGCAGAAACCAAAGGCAAGAGAAUCUAAUAUACCCAAAGUUCACAUCUAGUAAUAGACACAGCUGAGAUUUUAAACUAGCUUUGCCUCUCUUCAUAUCUCUUUCAUCUACACCACACUGCCUACACACUGUGUGAUAGGAUAUGUAAUGGACUAAUAUUCUGUAAGAAAUUUAGUCAUUAUAUUCCAGUACAAUUAUGGCUUGUAUUUAAGCCUAACCAGAUACCUUAAUGACCUUAGAAGUUAGGCAAACUUAAGAUGUGUAGACUUGUUCUAUGCUGAUUGUUGCUUAAGGAAUAAUUACUGACUCGAUAAAAUUUUAAUUUCACAUCCGCCAUAAAAACAUUUUACUUCUCUUAUUUUUGGAGUUCUUAUAUUGUAGGACAUAAAGGAAAUUUUAAGGGAAAGUAAAGGUAGCCUGUGGGAACUGAGCUGGGUGUUUUUUCUUUAAUUGAUUUAACACUAUAUUUGGAGGAAUUGAUUUAACAAGACUUUUCAUUUUAUUAAUCCAUCUUGAAAAUUUUUACUUUUAGGAACUUUAGAAAUAAUGUACUAUUAUAAAGUACUAAUUGAGCAGGAUGUAGGAAGAAUAACCAGGAGACUGUCCCUUUAUAAAGCAGUUAGUAUAGCUUCCUAAGUGUGUCCAUUUGGUUCUUAAUGUGAAAGUAAUUAGAGAAAAGUAUGAGCACACAAUUAAGUAUUCAGUGGGAAUUGUUACGGAAUUUGACAAAUAUUUUUAUGUUACGGAAUUUGGCAAAUAUUUUUUUUAACAUAAUGGGGCCUGAGUGGUAGUACUGGGGUAGGACACUUGCCUUAGGGCCUGAAUUAGAGCCAACCCAGCAUCCCAUAUGGUCCCCUGAACUCUGCCAGGAGUGACUUCUGAAUGCAGAGCCAGGAGUAACACUUGAGCAUCAUCAAGUGUGGCCCCCCUCCAAAAAGUAAAAAAAAAAAAACUCACAAGUUUGACUUCUAAAGCCAAAUAGAAUACCUGGUUAGGCAAAAAUUUAUUGAAAUUUUUAUUUUCUAUAAGCCUCAUUAGUCAAAGUAAUUUAAGAUGGUAAAAAUAUUUCAAUAAAUUUUGCUCUUUUCAUAUUUAUGAAAGUAAAUAUUUUAUUGGAAGUAGCUGCUAGAAUUUGAAAUUGCAUUGUAUUUCUAUGCAAUCUUUUAUAAAUUUAUGUUGAACUUAAUACCAUUUAUAUGCUGGAUAUUACAUAACUAUUUACAGAUUACCUUAUAUAUUAAUUUACCUUUAAGCUAUCUUCUUAAAGCUAGAAUCUGCACAAACAUGUUAGUUGAUUAUUUAGACUGGUUAUUCUAGAAAUCACUUACCACUCCCAUAUACUUGGUUUAAAAGGAGUCUUUUUCAGACUGGGAUGUUUCUAAGUACCCAUACAUUUGACUAUUAAUCUGCUUUUAGCAUAUAAAAUUGAAUUUUAACUUACACAGUUCUGAAUUAUGCAAACUUUGGCCAAAGUUACCUUGCAUGAUCCCUUCCUACAUAGACUUUUAUUAAAUAAAUACAGCAAAUGACUGUUUUAGCUAGUUACACUAAUGUUAUUAUCAAAAGAAGGCUUUUCUGUAGGUUCCCAGAUUAAAGAAUCCUAGGAAAUCUUACAGUGUUUUGGUGCACAGACAUAUUUUCAUCAGUCACCUUUUACUUUGUGUUGAACCUAUUCUGUCCCUUGAUUAUCUUACUCGCAGUCUUCUCUGUCAGGCAAGUUUUUAUCAUUUCUGCUUCCCUUAAUUUUCAUUUUAUAUUCUUUUCUCUUGUCCAAUUAGUAAAAAUAGAGAGCUGUUGGCCCUUCUCACCAACAUUUUUCCUCUUCAGUAUGCUUUGAGCUUUUUCUCUGUUAACAUCUAAGUCUCAGUUUCUUCAGUCAAAAUUGCUUUGGUUCACUUAGCAUUUUCUUCUCAGUACUAUUUUAAUUAUUUAUAUAUUUAAAUACCUAAUAUUAUGUUAUAUUCAAAUUCAUUAUGCCAGUUAAGUAAAUAGCUUAAUAGGAUAGAAUUAAGAACCAAGAUGUUAUUAGCAUUUAACAAUGGAUCAAAUCAUGAGAUCAUCAACAGAUUACUCACAUUUUGUAUCACCUAAAAGUUUCUAUCAAUUUGUAUUUUAUGAUUUUAUAUUAUCAUUAGUUAAAACUAAAAAGCCAUGCAUACAGAAUUGUGUAUCAUUUUGCCAUUAAAAUUUUAAUCUAUAAUGCAGCGAGCUUAACAUUAUGAUUGAGCUACACAUUUUUGUGCAUUUACUUACAUUAAAUAUUUUCUUCAACAGAAAACCCUUCAAUAAUCAGAUAUCUAUGGCCCUUUUUGCAAACCAUUUUUGAAAUACAGUUUUGCGAUGUAGGCUAGGCUGUAGCAAUUUUCAUUUAAAUUUUAAGUGACAGAUUCAAGUUAAGUGUUUGUGCAUAUAAAGGAAAUUUUAUGAUUUUAUCUCAUAACUGAUACACUUGAAAUAAAAUACUUCAGAAAAAAAUGUAUACUAUAUAUUAAAAUUAUUACCCAAAUUAGCCAUUCUUAAAAAUUCUAGUCAAUUAUUUCUGUGCUACUUGUAGUGUCACUGUUAAAUGUUAUAGCAUUUUUUAAAAAUUAAAAAUCCAGAUUAUUAAUCUUGAUAGGAGAAAAGGAAUCCUUAGAAAUAAAUCACAUAAUUAGGGUAUUCCAGUUUAUGAUUAAUUUUAAGCAAAUUACUGUAUUUUAAACUACAAUUUUUAAAAAAUGUUUUGAAAGGCAACAUGUGAUUUUUCCCAUUACAUGUAUAUUUAGACUUCAGAACCAUUUUUACGUUUUAGAUUCAUGCUAUAGACAUAAUAAUUACUUAAAAACUCAGGGCCCCUUUCAUCUUUUUUGCACACUGAACAUUGAAAAACUUCAAUUGUUAGCAAACAGUUAUGGUUAAAUAUGUAACAAAUGUGUUUUGUGGCACAUGGUUCAUUUAAUGUUUUACCUUAUGAUUUGGUUUAAUUUGCAUAGGCACAUCACAUUUCAUUAAUCAUAAAGUCUUGCCCAGUUCUGUAAUUGCUAAAUAGAGGGAAAAUGACUCAGCUAACAGGCUACAUGUUGCAGCAUAUUUAGGCCUUAGUGUUGGAAGCGUCACCUUCAAACCAUUUCUGUUUCUUAAUUAAAUGGUUAUACAUGAUGGGACAAAUCAUUUCAUUUUGUUUGUUUUUAAUAGGAGAUUUUAGUAAAGUAGUUCCUCUGAGAUAUAAUUUUCUUGAGGUAAUAAAACAUAACACUGUCUUCUAAAAGUGAGCUAAUAUAUGCUUUAGUAAAAGCUUUGAUGGUUCUGAGAAGGUAAACUAUGGCAACCUAUUUAUUGCAUUGUCAGAUCCAAAUAGAAUUUUUCUUUCAAACAGGUAAGUUCAAGCUCCAAAUUGGUAUGCAGUAUAUUUCAAAUACUAGGAGUGAAUUUAUUUGUAACCCAUCUCUUGUCUCAGGUUCUCUACCUUAUUACCAAUCAAUCCUCUUAAAUAAAAUAAACAAACAUUUUAAAAGACGCUUAACAGGAAAGAAAACUAAAUUGCUAAAAUUUGCAAUUAAAAAAUAGGUUCUGGUUUAAUAUUGAAUUGCUUGGCUUCUGUGGCUUUCCUUUUUCUGGUCACAUUUAUUUAUUUAAACAGUUUGUGUAUGUCUUGUUAUGUUUCCAUGGAUAUUAUAUUGUGUAAGUGUUUGUAUAAGCUGGAAUCAUUCUUAGUUUUCUGUUGAUAAUUUUUCAAAUAAAAGUAAGUGGAUAAUUGUAAAAUACACUAACUCUUAGGGUGUUGUAGUAGCUGAAACAUGAAGAUGUGUAGCUGCCAUGCUUUUUCUGAAUGGACAAGAGAAACAUAGCUACAGAGUAUUCUCUGAGGAUGCUUUUCUGGAAUAUGAGAAGCUGAAAAAUGUUGGCAGUUCCCUCAGAACCCUCUUUCUUGUUAACGGGUAUCUUUUGUUGGUGUGUUUUGCUCUUACACUACAGAUAGAUAUCAUAUAUGAAUUUAUGAAUAAUUACUUUCAGUUAUUUUGCUUUUGUAUAAGCUGUCUGAGACCUUGCUAUGCUGUACAAGUUGUGUUUGAUGGAUCAGUGUGAGUAUGAAAUAAAGCAAAUCACUUUUCUUUUGUAUUAUCUAUGGAUGCCACUAUGAAAGCUGACAUUAAGCCACUAAAGAGUUUUCUAUCAAUAAUUGUAAGUAAAUGCUUUGAUAUAUAUAAACCUAAAUAAAAAAAGAUUGUAUUGAUACAGAGACAUUGGAGAAGGAGAUUUUAAGACAGUUCUUUAGGUUUAAAAUGGCUUGCUGUAAAAUGGUGCAUUAUUCCAUUUAUUAAAGAUCAUAUUAAUGACAAAA